UCACUUUUCCUCGACCCGAGGAAGGAGGGUUAUCGGUCGAUGGGGUCGGGGAUGAGGACGUCGGUGACGGAUCUGACGGCCGCGGCGACGGCGCUGCUGCUAUUGCUGUGCUUCGGGGUCGACGGAGUCGUCUCGGACGCCUCCGACCAUCGCUACAAGACAGGCGAUCACGUCCCCCUUUACGUCAACAAGGUUGGCCCUUUCCAUAAUCCCAGCGAGACAUAUCGCUACUUUGAUCUUCCAUUUUGUACCCCAGAGCAUGUGACCGAGAAAAGAGAAGCACUCGGUGAAGUUCUUAAUGGGGACCGGCUGGUGGAUGCCCCAUACAAGCUUGAUUUCCGAGUAGACCAUGAGUCUGAAGUGCUUUGCAAGAAGAGGCUCACAAGAGAAGAGGUGUCCAAGUUCAGGAGUGCAGUCACCAAGGACUACUACUUUCAGAUGUACUAUGAUGAUCUCCCUCUGUGGGGAUUCAUUGGGAAGGUUGACAAGGAGGGCAAGGACCUUGGCGAGUACAAAUACUACCUGUACAAGCGCUUCCACUUUGAUGUCCUUUACAACAAUGACCGUGUGAUUGAGAUUGUUGUCCACACUGAUCCCAAUAUGCUGCUAGAUGUCACGGAGGACAGGGAUAUCGAAGCAGAGUUUUUAUAUUCUGUGAAGUGGAAGGAGACUGCCACACCAUUCGAGAAGAGAAUGGAGAAGUACUCUCAAACUUCUUCACUACCUCAUCACUUGGAGAUCCACUGGUUCUCCAUUAUAAAUUCAUGUGUGACAGUUCUACUCUUGACCGGAUUUCUUGCCACAAUUCUCAUGCGUGUACUGAAGAAUGAUUUCGUCAAGUACACUCAUGAUGAGGAGUCUGCUGAGGACCAAGAAGAAUCUGGGUGGAAAUAUAUUCAUGGUGAUGUUUUCAGGUUUCCAAAGAACAAGUCACUGUUGGCUGCUUCUCUUGGUUCUGGCACACAAUUAUUUACUCUCACGGUUUUCAUCUUUAUUCUUGCACUUGUUGGCGUUUUCUACCCUUACAAUCGUGGGGCCCUUUUUACUGCUCUUGUGAUCAUAUAUGCACUUACCUCGGGCAUUGCUGGAUAUGCUGCUACCUCUUUCUAUUGUCAACUCGAAGGAACAAACUGGGUACGGAAUUUGUUAUUGACAGGAUGCCUUUUCUGUGGGCCUCUGUUCCUGACAUUCUGUUUUCUUAACACCGUCGCCAUCGUGUAUAGUGCUACUGCAGCAUUACCCUUUGGUACUAUCGUUGUUAUUGUUCUCAUUUGGACGCUCGUCACCUCUCCUCUACUUGUUUUGGGUGGAAUCGCUGGUAAAAACAGCAAAGCAGACUUCCAAGCACCUUGUCGUACAGCAAAGUACCCUAGAGAGAUACCACCAUUGCCAUGGUAUCGACAAACUAUUCCACAGAUGAUAAUGGCCGGCUUUCUUCCUUUCAGUGCAAUCUACAUUGAGCUUUACUACAUAUUUGCAAGUGUGUGGGGCCACAGAAUUUAUACCAUAUACAGCAUCCUAUUCAUCGUCUUCAUUAUCCUCCUCAUCGUCACCGCUUUUAUUACUGUGGCACUGACCUACUUUCAACUUGCUGCCGAAGACCAUGAAUGGUGGUGGAGGUCUUUCCUAUGUGGAGGAUCAACUGGCUUAUUUGUGUAUGGAUACUGUCUGUACUACUACCAUGCUCGCUCGGACAUGUCGGGGUUUAUGCAGACGUCUUUCUUCUUUGGCUACAUGGCUUGCAUCUGUUACGGCUUCUUCUUGAUGCUCGGGAUGGUUGGCUUCCGUGCUGCUUUGCUGUUUGUGCGUCACAUUUACCGAUCUAUCAAGUGCGAGUAGCAAGUUGAAGUUGUUGCCUGACUUGGAGCAGCAGCACAUUUUGAACACAGAAUAGAAUCACUGGUUUCUGAAGUAGAUGCUUAAUAGCCUGUGAAAUAUCUAUAAUCCAAUAGUCCUCGUCUACUUUUAUGAUCUUCUUCCACUUGAAGUCCUUGAUACUGUUUUGAAAGGUGUAUCAAAUAUGCAUUCGUGCAAUUUGUGAAACUGAUUUAUCUCUAUUGAAAAAUAGUAAUCU